AUGCUGCGGCGUUUGAAAGCACAAGUCAGCCAAGUGGCUAACGACUUGCCUGGAGUGCUUUCACCUGGAGCUGGCCGAGAUUCACGCGAUGGAGCUCCUUUUUUCCCAAAUUCUGAUACCAGUAGUCAUAACGAUGUGGAUGACGAGAUUGAAGGAUUCCUUUGCCCUAUAUGUAUGAGCACGUUCAACUCUCCUGAGCUGUUAUCGGGACAUUUCGAAGAGGCGCAUAGUAAGGAACCAAUUCGACCGUGUCAUCGUUUCCCUUCAAAAGACAAAGAAAUAGAAGAGUUACGUUUUCAAGUGAAGGAAGAACAACUAUAUGCUGAAAAGCUGAAGGAGGAACUAGAUCGUAUCCAGUCGGUUGUCGCUCAAGCAACUGAUGUUCCUCAAGGAGAAGUGCCGUAUCUGAUGCAGCAAAUUCAAGUGCUUGAAGCUGGGAAGAGCAUGGUAACUCAACGUAUGCUCGAAUUCGAGAAGGAGAAUGGGCAAUUGAAAAGAUUCGCGGAAAACGGUCAGCAGGAGAGAGCCGAAAUCAUGGCCAAGUUGAAACAGCUGAGUGGACAAAUUCGAACGUUGACUGAUGAAAAUGAGGGCAAUAAGGUUGAAAAGGAGGUUUUGAAGAAAGAGAUGGCUGCUUAUAGAUCUGAUAAGGAGAAGAUGGAGAAAGAAAUGGAAGUUCUGAAUAAGGCGCUGGACCAAAGACCAAGUGAGAGAUGA